GAAAGUGAAAGUAGAAGUGGAGGUCUGACUUCACUCCUCUCUGACUGUAGACGGACUCGCAGGUCUUCCAGCAGAACUUUACACAUUAUUCACUUCAUACUGGUUUAUCUGAAGCUUUCGGAGAGUACAGUGUUCCUGCUGCCAUGAUUCCAGCUCCACCACUGAGAUGGGUUUUACUGAUUCUCUUUCCGACUCUCAGCCAUCAGACGUCUGGAACAUUUUCAGUGAAGGUUCAGUCUCCAGCCUCAGGGUUCCUUGGUUCCUCUGUGUCUCUACACUGUGCUCUUGUAAACAACAUGGAUGCUCGAAACCUGGAAGUGAGCUGGUACCGUCCCAAAAUGCAAAACACCCCGAUCCUGUCCUACAAGAACACACAGAUCCAGAGUCCUGUAGAUGUUCAGUACCAGCGCAGAGUGUUCCUGUUAGGAGAACUGGAGAAAGGAGAUGUCUCUCUGAAGCUGGAGAACCUGACGCUAGCAGAUAGAGGAGAAUACGUGUGCCAUGUGAGCAGUGAUAACUGGUACGACAAGGCCACGGUGUCCCUCACAGUGAGAGUGGUGGGAUCCACUCCUGUUCUCUCUUUAACUGGAGCAGGAGGAGGACAGAUAAACGUUAGCUGUCAGUCACAUGGGUGGCUUCCUGAGCCGUCAAUCACCUGGACAGAUAAAGAGGGGAGAGAUCUGAAACAUCUGAGCAAAGACAAGUUCAGCAACAGUUCUGAAGGGGUUGUAGAUGUGUCCUCGUGGCUGAUUGUGUCUCCCUCGGAGUCUGAGUGGAUCUCCUGCUCUGUGGGUUUGUCUGAUCAGGAGAGAAAAGAAGGCAGAAUAAUGUUAUUCGUCCCUGCAGGUGUCACGGAGUCGUGGAGUGGAUACUUCAUUGUGAUUCCCAUCCUUCUUCUUCUUCUUCUUCUUCUGCUGUGUGCUGCCGGAAUUACAGUGUAUCGUAAAAAAGGACUGAUUUUCUCCAAGAGAAAAGGGAAAGAAUAUACAGAAGGAACUCCAUCAGAAACUGCACCUCUGAGUAACAUCUGUAUGGAGAGUCAGGAUCAGAAUGAUGCUCCAUCUAUAAUUCCUCAUUCUGUGGUUGUAGAUAUAGAUCAACCUUCUGAGCAAAGGGAAAAAACGCCACCAGCUCCAUGUCCAGAUCUCAAUCAGCAGAAAUCAUCUGAACAGCAGAAUCCUGAAGAAGUGAAAGAAACCCCACACGUUGCAGAAUCCAGAGAAGAGGACCCAGGAUCCUGCUCCUCCUCACCAGGGUUCUCCACUGCUGGUUCAACCACUGAUAAACCAAACUUCACUGCCUCUAUCUCACAUUUCAAACCUGCUGCCCCCAUGUCAGAGAUGGAACCUUCUGGUAUCACCUCAAAUCCCAUAACUGCUGGCUCCAGCUCAAAUCCCACCCCCCCUAUCACCAGCUCAAAUCCCACACCUGCUGCCCCCAUGUCAGACAUGGAACUUUCUGCCAUCAUCUCAAAUUCCACACCCACUACCACCAUUUCAGAGACCUUGCUUUCUGACAGACCCUCAAAUCAUACAACCGCUGCCUCUGCCGCAAAUCCCAGACUCACUAUCACCAGCUCAAAUCCCACAACUGCUGCCACCAACUCAAAUCCCACACCUGCUACAACCAACUCAAAUCCCACACCUGCUGCCACCAACUCAAAUCCCACACCUGCUGCCACCAACACAAAUCCCACACCUGCUACAACCAACUCAAAUCCCACACCUGCUGCCACCGACUCAAAUCCCACACCUGCUGCCUCCAACUCAAAUCCCACACCUGCUACAACCAACUCAAAUCCCACACCUGCUGCCACCAACUCAAAUCCCACACCUGCUACAACCAACACAAAGCCCACACCUACUGCCACCCCCUCAAAUCCCACACCUGCUGCCUCCAACUCAAAUCCCACAACUGCUGCCACCGACUCAAAUCCCACACCUGCUGCCACCGACUCAAAUCCCACACCUGCUGCCACCGACUCAAAUCCCACAACUGCUGCCACCCCAUCAAAUCCCACACCUGCUGCCACCCCCUCAAAUCCCACACCUGCUGCCACCCCCUCAAAUCCCACACCUGCUACAACCAACACAAAGCCCACACCUACUGCCACCCCCUCAAAUCCCACACCUGCUGCCACCCCCUCAAAUCCCACACCUGCUACAACCAACACAAAGCCCACACCUACUGCCACCCCCUCAAAUCCCACACCUGCUGCCACCCCAUCAAAUCCCACACCUGCUACAACCAACUUAAAUCCCACACCUGCUACAACCAACUCAAAGUCCACACCUGCUGCCACCAACGUAAAUGCUCCACCUGCUGCCACCAACACAAAUCCUACACCUGCUGCCACCAGCUUAAAUGCCACACCUACUGCCAGCAACUCAAAUUACACACCUGCUGCCACCAGCUUAAAUGCCACACCUACUGCCAGCAACUCAAAUUACACACCUGCUGCCACCAUGUCAGAGCCCAAACAUACUGCCACCUUCUCAGAGUCUGCCACCGUCCCCACAACAUCUGCAGGACAAUUCAUCUCAGUCCGUAAACAUCCUACUAACAAUGCAGAUCAAAGAAGAAUAAACAUCAAACAGAGGAAGAGAAAAGACAGAGCAAAUGAAAGAGAAAGCUCUUUUGACAAAGCUGAAGCAGGAGAAAUCCCUGCCAAGAAGAAAGCACUGCAAACUUCUCCGAGUUCAAGCACAGAAAACAGAAAGUUCAAGCGUCUCUGUACGGGAGAAGCAGCAGACAGUGAAGGGGAGAGCGAUCCGAUGAACGUGGAUGAGUCUACCUGUUCUGCCCCAGAGGAGGACACCAUGGAUCAUGAAUCUGCUGAGGACUCCCACCGUGUGCCACCUACUGAGGACCUCGACAUGCAGUGUGACUGAAGUUUAUUACGCUUCACCUUUCAGUUUUUUACUGAUUAUUUUAUACUGAUAAAAGUCUUUAUGUUGUUGGUUAUUUUGGUUAUUUUUAUACAGAUCUUGUAUACACUGUACACGUACGGUGUUCCAGCUGUUUUAUUUAGUGUCUGUUAGAUUUUAUUAAAAAUCUGAAUUGUAAAUGAAUUGUAAAUACAUCAUACCAUUUAACAAAAAUCUGAAUAUUUCAGAAAAUGUCAUCUCUCACUGCAGAAAUCACGGGGUUUUACUUAUUACAUUUUCAAAUUUGUUUUAAUUAUUUAUUUCUUAUGUUUAACCAGAUCAGAGCUUUCUUCAAAAAUAAUUUUUGACAUUUAACAUGGUUUCCCAGAGAAUUCUGAUGGCUGCCAUGAAUGAAUUAUAUUAAUGUGUUACAGAAUAGGUGAACUAGCCAAUCAGGUUAUUGUUGUAAAUGCACUGUGUGAUGUAUCUGUACGGGAUGUUGUUGUGAUUAAAUGUCUUGAAAUUAUAUAUCAGCAAAAAUAACCUUACAGUUUUAAUUACUACUUUUUUUAAAUGCAUGAUUUUUUAAAUAAAAAAAUUACAUCAAAAUUGGCAAUGUCCUUA